CGUAUAUUGAGGGAAUGUGUGAAUGAAUCAAGGAAUUUUUUCCACCUUUCAGAAUGAAUUGUUUUGAAUAUUACACGAUAAUAUUAUCAGAGCUUGAUAAAUAUAACAAUUAAACAAAUGGAAGCAAAUGAAGAACAGGAAGGUGGUAGAGAAACUGCGAGAAAAGUAGUUAUAACAGCUCUGUUGAUAUCCACGUAUAUUUGCGUUGGUGCAUAUAGAUCUAUACCAGGACCUACCCUGAUAGAUUUCAAACACAUUCUUGGUAUAGAAAUGACCAGCAUGCCUCUUAUUCUUACUGCCAGAGCAUUGGGCUACGUAGCAGGGUGUUUAAUUGGCGGCUUCAUUUUCCAUUACCUUGAAGUUAUUAACAAAAAGAAACUGUUCAUGUCUCCAUUCCUCUUCAUUAUGUCCAUGACUGCUCUUGCUGUUCCUUUUUGUCGCUCUUUAGUUGCUCUGAGCUGCACUUUCUUUGUUUCAGGUAUCUGUAUGAUCAUUUUGUCAAUGGGAGUGAAUGUGUACUACUUUAAUAUUUGGAGAGGUGAUAAUAUUUAUUACCUAACUCUCCAAACCUUUUACGCAGUUGGAUCAUUACUUGGACCUGUUAUUUAUGGAACUUCCUCUCAAGUUUCUUUCUCUUUCAUAAAUUUUAAAACCUUAAACUCUGAAGCGGACUCUAGAGAUUUCCUUAAAAUCUGUUAUACAUAUUUUGUUCUAAGCUUAAUGAUGUUCUGCAUAUCUGCUAUGUGGAUUGGAAUGUACCGGUUUACCUCUGUGACUAUUCAUGUAAGGGACAUAUUUGCAAAUGGAGAGUCCAAGGUAAAUUGA